AUGGGUACAUUGAAGGGUGCGGUAAAUGAUGCUGGAAGCUCGCUAGGAUUCGGAAUCGAGAGAUUACGCGGUAUCGAAGAGGUUGAUGGUACGGAAGGUUCACCAGGAGAGUCAUUCUCCUUAGUUCUGCAAGGCGCUAGACGUGCGCGUGCGACGCUAGAGAUUCAAGUGGUCGAUGUGAACGACAAUGCUCCUCAGUUUAUCAGCCCACCAACGAUUUUCACCGUUCCGGAGAGUUCACCGACUGGAUCCGCUAUUACGAAGCUUCGGACACGUGACGCUGAUACAGGAAUUUCUGGAAUGGCUAGGUUCUCUUCUGAUAAUGAUAUAUUCGUAGUGGACAAGGCAAAAUGUCUCAAUAAGGAAUGUUACACCACCCUUAGGCUAGCGAAACCACUGGAUUUCGAACGUCAACGCGUCCACCACGUUGUCGUCACGGCGGAAGACGGCAAUCCGCUGAUGAACCGCACAAAUUCCAUCCGCCACACGGUCACCAUCCAUGUUGGAGACGAGAACGACGAACCACCAGUUUUCCUCACGGAUCUGUCACAAGUUGUCCAACUGCCAACGGGAGUUCAACCAGGCCAUGAAGUGAUUGUAUUAAAAGCUGUCGAUGGCGAUGAUACGUUCGUGAAUGAGACGAGGAUACGGUACUCUAUGGAGAAGAACGACUAUCUGGGUGUCGAUCCGGAGAGUGGUGUUGUACGACUUUUAAAGAACCCUGGGAGUAAUACUGAGAUCAGAGUUGAGGUGAAGGCGAAAGAGGAAACUGUCGAAGAAAUGGAAACAUUGGGAGAGUUACAGGUUGCUUCUUAUCCAGGGAAGACGAAUCAACCUCAGACAUUUGUUCAACUCUGCAAGACAAACGACUAUACUGCUAGAAUUAAGGAGGGUGCGCAAGAUUUUGAGGAGCCUCUGGCGAUUGAACUUCUGAGUCCAGUGGAUUCCUCCUCACUCCGCAUUGAAGGCGCCGAAUCAGCAGCAUUCGCGAUUGAUAAGACCGGUGGCGGGACCAGCGUCAGAGUGAUCGUCGCCGAACCUUCACUGAUCGAUUAUGAGAAAGAAAAAAAUAUGGAAUUCUAUAUUGCCUCCCCAACUGGUCAUUGUCGGAUUAACGUUGAAGUGAUUGAUGUGAAUGACAAUGAACCCAAAUGUCUCCAUGAGACCUUCACAUUUUACGUUACUGAGAACCACAAACCCUCCAUUUUGGGUGAAGUAAAGGCUAUCGACCCUGAUUCAGACCUCUCCCUUCCCAUAGCUUACAGUAUUAUUGGUGACGAAGCAGAUUUGUUUGCGGUUUCCGAUCAAGGAGAGGUCCGUUCGCUGGCUCCAGUUGAUCGCGAGCUACACGACAAGUUUGACCUGGUAGUGAGAGCUACGGACGCUGGCGGCAAAUUCAUCGAUUGCGUAGGUAAGGUGGUGGUCAGAGACAUUAACGAUAAUACCCCAAAAUUCGAACAUCCUGAAUACCUCCUUGAAAUAGAGGAGGAGAAAACAGUGAAGCAAAAGCUCGAGGCCUCUGACCCAGAUAUCGGUGAAAAUGGUCAAAUAGUCUAUUCGUUGGAAAAUAUCACCCAAGGCCUACCUAUCGAUGCGUCAGCUGGAAUUCUUUUCAUCGGGAAACUUGAUAGGGAUACUAUGGAUGGGGAUGAGGUCAACGUGAUAAUGCGUGCCAGUGAUCGAGGGGAACCCCCGAGGACAUCAACCACAAGCAUAAAAAUCAAGGUCAAGGAUAUUAAUGACAACUGGCCGUCGUUCACGAAUUCAAGAUAUUCCUUGGUUUUGGAUGCGAAUAUCAGUCCAGGAGGGGUGAUAGGAGCUGUACAAGCUGACGACGCUGACGCAACGUCACCAAAUAACGUCGUGCACUAUAUCUCAGAAGAUGACCGCUUCAGAAUCGCGGACAGUGGCGAAGUGAUUUACGUCGGUGAAGGCGUGCUGAGCAAAGACACUUCUGUCGAAUUCCGAGUUUUUGCCAUCGAUGGUGGCGAUCCACCCAGGAAUAGCUCGUCUACAGUAGUCAUCAAUGAGCACAAGUCAUCCAUGCAAAGUGAGCAUACUGCCGAGAUUAUGCUGAAUGAAACGGCGCAAAGGAGUGAAAUUAAAUGGGCGAAUUCCGGAAUGAACGGUUACACCUAUGAGAUUAUGAAAGCGACUGCAGAAGGAUUUCCUGACGAAGAGGUCAUGCAAUGGUUAGAGAUCGAUAAUAACACGGGAACGAUUCACACCAAAAAACAUCCAUUGCCGGAUAAAGUCAAACAAAUCCGUUUAUACGUUAGCAUGAAGAAAGGGAAGAGAGAAGUACCGGUGGAACUCAUCAUUAGCGUCGUCGAUACCUCGGACAAUGCCCCAUUCUUCAAUAAGGGAAGCUUCAAAGCGAUUGUUUCCGAGGAUAUAAGAGUGGGAUCGCGUAUUCUACAAGUGAAGGCAGAUGGAGAACCACCAAUAAAGUACUCCCUAGAAAUCCACGCAGGACCCACUGACGUGCUUGCAAUCGAUGGCGAUGCGUUCAUUCGAAACAAAGAAAAGUUGGACUUUGAGAAGUAUCGUGCUAUUAGCGGUCGCGUUCAUGCGUUCGGCGUGCAGGGGAGCGAAGCCGUCGCCAACUUUUCUCUAAUCCUCGCCGAUGCGAACGAUAACAGGCCAGUUUUCGUCAACGGAUCCGUUUUCACAGCACAAGUCGACGAGUCCGCUGAUAUUGGCACCAUUUUAAAUCUACCGUAUCCGUUGGCAUUGGACGGAGACUUUGGGAAUUUUUCACGGCUCUCUUACGCACUAAUUGGCGACGAUGGGCAUUUUGCUAUUGACAGAAGGACAUCCAGAAUAACACUAACAUCUAAGCUGGACUUCGAAAUACAACGCUCUCAUUCAUUGACAGUGAGAUGUGUGGAUAACGAUGGCGAUGAACCGUACAACGAGGUUUUCGCUUCAGUAACAGUACUGGUUCGUGACGUCAACGACAACGCGCCUGUAAUCCACAACUCUGACCUCAGCCACCUUACAGUAUCUGAGGAUACCCCGGUCGGAUCGACAAUUGCAGUGAUAGGCACGAGUGAUCUCGACGAAGGUGGAAAACAGGCAGUAGUCGUAGCUGCCAAUCAUUCUCUUUUCCAUGUGACAGAUGAGGGAAAACUGGUGGUUGCAGAGAAACUGGAUGGAUACGCCGGAGAACGGCUCUGCUCUACCAUUGUGGCUAAAGAUUCCGGAAAUCCACCAUUGUCCACAUCGCUUCCGUUUUGCGUUACUGUAUAUCCUGCCUCUAACGAUCAUUACAAUCCUUUAAUAGUAUUCCCAAAACAAAACUCCAUAUAUUACUUUGAUGAGAAUAUACAGUACGACGAGCUGCUGCGAAUCAAACUGCUCGAAGAGGAAAACAUGGGUAUUGUCACAUAUAAGUUCGACGAAACUUUUAAGAAGGAUUGGGAACGAUUCUCGCUGAACGCCUCCGGAUCUUUAUCAACAACUGAGCCAUUCGAUUUCGAAAACAAACCAGUUCAUGAACUUAAAAUAUUGGCAUGUCGCCGAAUCAACUGCUCUUCUGUGCAUGUUUUCAUAUCGGUGAAUGAUCGCAAUGACAACUGCCCUAUUUUCCCACGGCAGGAUUUUCAACUUUCACUGACGGAAAAUGAUCGGUCGCCGCAACCUCGACAAAUCGGGCGAGUUCCAGCAGCAAUGGACGGGGAUUUUCAUGCCGACAACACUAAAGUAUGUUACACAAGCGAAUCACCACUAUUUUUCUUCCUCGAACCAACGCUUCCGGUUCUAUACACGAAUCAGAGUUUUGACAGAGAGCAAAAAGCUGAGCAUAGCUUCAAAAUCACAGCAUACGACUGUCAUCUAGCUUGUCGUGAUCCUCACAAAUCAACAAAUAGCUCGAUAACUGGUAUCCUUACGGUUAAGGACGUUAACGACAAUUUCCCGAAAUUUUCCGAGAGAAACUACUACGCUACGGUCAUACAGGGCCAUGCCUCACCCGGCAGUCAUCUAGCCCAAGUCUCAGCAACUGAUCCUGACGAGGAAAAGGAGGGACUGCGUUACUCGAUUUCAGGCUCUAUUAGGACACCGAAACAGAGCUAUCCACUAUCCGAAUCACCAAUAUCGAUCGACGCCAAAACGGGAGAAUUGUCGGCAAAUGAGGUGCUACGCGAACCAUCUUACUCGUUUACAGUCACUGUCACUGAUGGUGGUAAUCAUGACGAUUCUGCGAGUGUUGUUAUUUCUGUCGUGACUUAUUCGCAGCAGACGGAGCUGCUCUUUGAUGCACCAUUUGAGUUUAUAGUUAGAAAUGAACGAAAUAUUGUGCGGUUGCUAUCAAAUGCAACUUCAUUAACUGCCGUGGUUGAUCGCUGUCGGCAAAAUUUGAACUUUACGGUGGUGUUGGCUCAUUUCUUGGAUCAACAAGGAUCUUUCGUGGAAGUUGACACCGCGUUGAGACGGAUGUUCUCGACAAACAGCACAGCUAGACGAGAACUGCGUAACGCGUACGGUCUCCGAGAUACGAUACCGAUUACUGUCAAAAGUACUGUCGCGCUCGAAAUUAUCAUUCUAGGUGUACUCCUCACUGUGGUUGGCCUAUUAGUUCUAAGCUUAUGUUUAUACUGCCGUCAGCGACAUUCGUACGCGCGCAAGUUGCGUCAAAUUACGACUCAGGCGUCUGCUCAUGAUGUAUCCAUUAGUCGACAACCUACCCAGAAGGUGAAUCCAUACUACGCCACGGAUGUGAGCGCGACAACACAACGGAUGAUGGCCCCGCCGCCGCCGCCGUCACCGUUGCAGUCGACCGAGUUGUAG